AUGAUUAAUUUUGAUAUUACUGAGAACCUUAUAUGUGCUUUGUCCAUUAUUUUGGGUACUUUACUACUAAUUACCAAUCUUCCUGUACUUUAUGCUAUAGUUGCUAAUUACAAGUUAAGAAUACGCUAUGGUAUUUUGGCUUCAUUGAUAUUAGUAUCUGCAAUUGGAGGAUUAAAUUGUUUCAUACGAGCUGGAUCAAUUAUUUUGGAAGUAAUAAAUACAAAAAAUUAUAGCUGCAAUCAUUUUGAUAAUGUAUCAUCUACUAAUAACACACCUUGGAAUUGUCUUGGCCCGGUUGCAAGUUAUAUUGAAUUAUUUUGUUUUCCUUUACUUUCAAUAGCGCUAUUAUUAAACAGUUUUGAUCGUUUACUUGCUUUAUGUAAUCCCAUUGGUUAUUAUUUACAUCCAAAAUUUUAUUUAAUUGUGCAACUUUCCGUUGCUUGUUUAUUCCAUGGUACUAUUAUUAUCUACGUUACAUUUUUGUGGCCAACCAUAUGUUACGUUAUGAUGGCAAGAGAAACAUAUUUUUUGUUACUUUUUACAAGGAUGUUUACUUCGACUUUAAGUAUUGUGGUGAUGCUUAUUGUUUUGGUAAAACUUCGCUUGCAAAUAAAAAAAAUUGCUUGGAAUGAUAAUCGCCUAAAUAAUUUUACUCUACGUCAGCGUGGUUAUACUAAAGCAAUGCUUUUUUCGUGUUUGUUCACGUUUACAUUUUUCAUCAUACCUAAUGUGAUUGCAUAUUGCGCUAAAGCGUUCAACUUCUUCAACGCUGACUUAUACAAUUCAUAUUUGAAGUUGAUCAGUUACACUUGUACGCUUGAUAUUCUUGUGAUAAUGCUUUACCGACAAAACGAUAUUAUGUCGGAAACAUUAUCACGCUAUCCUUUUCUGUCUCGUUUUCUAGUUCUGUUUCAAUUUAAGCAAAAAGUAACUGUAAAAAUUAUAAUUCCUAGUCAAUGCAGAAAUCAUAUAGAAAACAUAUCUGUUAAUACCAUCCCCAUUCUUUCAUAUCACUGUAAGCUUGGUCAAUCAGUGCAUUCCAAUUUGUUCUCUGUUCAUCAGAUACACCACCAGCGUGUUGUUCCAUGGCUGCUAUCAAAGCAUCUUUGGUUUUCUGAAAAAUAUAGUUACAGAAAAAUUAACUACAUGAUAAAACAAGCUUCAAAAGCUUCAGAAAGAGUGGAUCUCCAUUUACGAUCAUCACCAAAAACUUGA